AUUUGUCAUAUUCAUAAUAUUCAUUUGUGUUGCGAAUGACAAUUGAAACAACAUUAAAUAAUUGCGAGUUUUAAUUGUUUACUUGCGAAAUAUUUUCACUCAUAAUUAUUUCUUAUUUUUAAAUUACUUGCAAAAUGUAUCUAAGGUAUUUUAUGAAUGAAAAUGGUGACCGACAAUACACACUAGCGACUAUAGAUCCAUCUGGAAAGCCUACAUUGUCAGCACACCCAGCUCGAUUCUCCCCGGAAGAUAAAUAUUCUCGACAGAGGAUUAUAAUCAAAAAGAGAUUUGGACUUCUACUUACACAACAACCAGAACCUAUACAUUAAUAAAUUUGUAACUCACUUUAAUUACUCUAGAAAUUUUAUACUUAAACUUACCUAACUACUACCUUGAUGCAUUUGACUAUCUCAAAAUGCAUAAGUUCUGCGGGCAACAUACAACAAAAAGAAACUCAAGAUCAAUAGAGCCUAAUUGUGUCUACAUUAUGCAAAAUAUUUGUGCCGAGUAGAAUUAUUAUGGUUGAUAUUAAUUACACGAAAGGCUGUAAUAAUGUAUGUUGGUCAAAGAUGUACCAUAAAUAUACACAAUAAAAACUUGUGUUAAUUAA